GAUUUACACAUCCGGUGAAACAUCUGGUUCCUUGUUCUAUGGUUUCCACUAGUUACCAAAUCCACAAAGUCAAAAUAUGUUCAGAAAUAAGGUUAGCACUGUGGUUAAGGUUUUUAAACCACGUUUUUUUGUUGAAAUUGUAGAAUAGGUUAAGUGUGGCUCAGUUGGUAGAGGUUGGUGCUUGUAACGUCAGAGUUGUGCAUUCGAUUCCCACGGGGGAACAGUACAAAAAGAAUUCAAAUGAAGAAGCACUCCAGUCAACAAGAUGAAGAACAAACCUGGGAAAAAGCAACACAACAAAACCAAGAGGACUAAACACCAUCGAAACCUAAUCAAAACAGAGUGUGGAACACAGUCAGAUGAUGUUGACUGCAAUAGAGAAGAACCAGACAUUAGUCAAGCACCCUACAUUACUAAAGGAGUUUGUAUCAGCUCCAUCCAAAUCAAAGAGGAACCAACAGACUUUGAACAGCAGGGAAUGGGAGAGGAACAAAACCGUUCAGUUCCUUCCUUCCAGAAGAAGCACAUCAAACAUCAAAAUACAUCCAAUCCAAUGACCGGGUGUAGCCAGAUAUCAAGGAGUCCUAUGGUGAUGCUAACAAGAUUGUCUAAUGUGGUGGUUAAGACUCUUCUGCGAGACACUAAAGUGUGUUUGGUGAAGGAGGAAAACCCAGAUAAGCCCGAUGGUGUCUCUUCUCCUCAGUUCUUUCCUUGUCCACACUGCACCAUCUCCUUCACUGACUGUUACUUCCUGGAGAACCACAUGAAGACCAAACACCAUAAGCAGUACCUGGCUUUGUUCAAAGGCCAUGUCAAAACGAGUAAAACCGUGUAUGCCCCCACACACAGCUGUCCCCACUGUAGCUGCAUGUUCCAUACCUCACGGCAGCUACACGUCCACACCCGUCAGGCCCACCCCUCUCCCUCUCUGAGAAAACUCCACCCCUGCCCCUAUUGUGCCCGCAGCUUCCAGUACAUAGCCAGACUGCAUACUCACUGCAAGGUUUGGCAUAAAAUGUCUGUCGCUUUCACAGAUGGAUACCUCAGUUGCGCUGACUGUGGAAAGAGCUUCAAGAAUUGCUGGGGACUGGGGCCUCACCAGUGUCACAAGCCUGAGGACACUAAGCUUGAGAAUGGCCCUGUCUGUCUGAACAUCGGCAUGCCAUGCUCAGAGUGUGGCAAAAGCUGCUCUAGUCCUCAGAAUCUGCGCAUUCACAUGCGCACACACACCGGCGAGAAGCCUUACGUCUGUAAGGAGUGUGGCAAGAGCUUCUCAGAAGCCAGCAGUCAUUGCAAACACAUGAUGAUACACUCAGGGGUCAAGCCAUUCAAAUGCCAGGACUGCGGAAAGGAUUUUGCCCGUAUGUGGCACCUCCGAGUUCACAUGACCGUUCACUCUGGCGAGAAGCCUUUAUCCUGCCCCAAAUGUGACAGGCGGUUUGCAUACAGUGAUUCUUUGAAGCUUCACCUGCGCACACACUCAGGGGAGAGACCUUUCAAAUGUACUGUGUGUGGUAAAGAUUUUGCAGAUAAAGGUUAUCUCAAGUUGCAUCUGAAGAUCCACAGCAAUGAAAGGAACUACCAUUGUGGGGUUUGUGGGCUGAAGUUCAUAAACAUUGCUGCGUUGAAAACCCACCAGCGCACACACACUGGGGAGAGGCCUUUCCAUUGCACAGUGUGUGACAAGACAUUUUUCCGACAUGCACACCUGAAGAACCACCAGCGCACUCACACAGGUGAGAAACCAUACACCUGUACUGAGUGCGGCAAAAGCUUCACUCAGUCUGGAGAUCUCACAAAACACAUACGCACCCACACUGGAGAGAAGCCGUAUGAAUGUUCUGUCUGCCACGGCUGUUAUACCUCUUCAGGGGAUCUGGGCAAACAUAUGAGGAUACACAAUGGCUCACGGCCAUAUCACUGCCAGGAGUGUGACAAAAGCUUCCGCAUGGUCGGCCACCUUAAAACUCACAUGAGGACCCACACUGGUGAGAGACCAUACUCCUGCCCCCGCUGCCAUCGUACUUUUGCUCGCGCCCACCACCUCUCUGGUCACCUGCCUAGAUGUUGCUGAAUGAUUAGAUUAUUUAUAUACAGUCAACUCUUUUACUCUUGUUGUAGUUAUUUAAUAAGGGAACAGUGAUGUACAGAAGAUGGUUUUGUGCCCGUCUGUUGUGGUAAUGUCAAUAAAGGCCUCUAGUCUGUAAAAGAUGGCACGCCUGUUGUCUGGUUCUAAUGUA